CCAAUUUUCAUACUAAAACAAACGACGACGUACGAAGGUGUACAACUAACAGAAAAACCCAAAAGAAACUUCGGUUCCCGAGUCAACUCUCUCUCCUUUCACGCCUUAUUUGACCGAGUCACGAAAUCGGACGACGCCGAUUCUCUCUUUUAUGCUUUCUUUCACACACCCCAAAUCGUGUGUGCGAGAGAAAGUUGGAGAGAAGGAAAGUGUAAAUCUUCAUCACAAUUUCAGUAGCCGAAUAAUCUCUUCACAAUUCGGCUCAUCGAUUUCAUCUCAAUUUCCAUUUUGAUGGUUAUUUUUAGGGUUUUGAGAGAGUUUUAAUUUUGGGUUUUGGUUCGAGGGUUUGUGAAAAUUCAACAAGAUGAUGAUAUCGAGAGGGUUGUUUGGGUGGUCCCCACCACACAUACAGCCUUUAACGCCGGUAUCGGAGGUUUCCGAGCCGCCAGAGUCUCCGUCGCCUUACAUGGACAUAAGUAACGAUGCUUUACCUGUUGAAGCUGAAGAGGAAAUGGAGGAGACAGAGGAGAUCGAGCCGCCUCCAGCUACUGUACCGUUCUCCAAGCUGUUUGUGUGUGCUGAUAGGUUGGAUUGGGUGCUUAUGGUGGUUGGAUCGAUUGCUGCGGCGGCGCAUGGGACAGCACUGGUUGUUUACUUGCAUUACUUUGCCAAAAUUGUUCAGUUGUUAGGUCACGGCGAGGAUAACCCGGAUUUGCUUUUUGAUAGGUUCAAAGAGCUUGCCCUCACCCUUGUUUAUAUUGCUGGUGGUGUUUUUGCUGCUGGUUGGAUAGAGGUUUCAUGUUGGAUUCUUACGGGAGAAAGGCAGACAGCUGUUAUCAGGUCAAGAUAUGUGCAAGUACUACUUAAUCAAGAUAUGAGUUUCUUUGAUACUUAUGGAAACAAUGGAGACAUUGUGAGCCAAGUGUUAAGUGAUGUAUUACUUAUCCAAUCUGCCCUUAGUGAAAAAGUUGGAAAUUAUAUUCAUAACAUGGCUACAUUCUUCAGUGGCCUUGUAAUUGGAUUCCUCAACUGUUGGCAAAUUGCAGGCCUCACUUUAUUAACUGGUCCCUUUAUUGUGGCUGCAGGAGGAAUAUCAAAUAUAUUUCUCCAUAGACUUGCUGAGAAUAUUCAAGAUGCAUAUGCUGAAGCAGCAGGUGUUGCUGACCAGGCUGUUUCAUAUGUUAGGACAUUGUAUGCUUUUACAAACGAAACAUUAGCCAAAUAUUCCUAUGCAGCUUCACUACAAGCUACUUUAAGAUAUGGAAUAUUGAUUAGUCUUGUACAAGGACUUGGACUUGGCUUCACAUAUGGGCUUGCAAUCUGCUCUUGUGCUUUGCAACUUUAUGUUGGAAGGUUUUUGGUUACACAUAGACAUGCUCAUGGUGGAGAAAUUGUAACUGCUCUUUUUGCUAUCAUUUUAAGUGGCCUUGGGCUGAAUCAAGCUGCAACCAAUUUCUAUUCAUUUGAGCAAGGAAGAAUCGCUGCAUAUCGGCUUUUUGAAAUGAUUAGCCGAUCAUCUUCUUCUGUUGAUCAUGAUGGAAACACUCUUUCUUCUGUUCAAGGGAAUAUCGAAUUCCGGAAUGUGUAUUUCAGUUACUUGUCGCGUCCCGAAAUUCCUAUCUUAAGUGGAUUUUACCUUACUGUCCCUGCCAAAAAAACAGUGGCACUUGUGGGAAGAAAUGGUUCUGGUAAAAGUAGUAUUAUACCCCUCAUGGAACGCUUCUAUGAUCCUACUUUAGGUGAAGUUCUUUUGGAUGGUGAGAAUAUCAAGAAUCUGAAAUUGGAAUGGCUAAGAAGUCAAAUUGGCUUAGUCACUCAAGAACCUGCUUUGUUAAGCUUGAGUAUAAGAGACAAUAUUGCUUAUGGGAGAGAUGCCACAACACUUCAAAUAGAAGAUGCUGCUAAAAUAGCGCAUGCACAUACGUUUAUCACCUCACUAGAGAAAGGAUACGACACACAGGUAGGCAGGGCUGGUUUAUCAUUAACAGAAGAACAGAAAAUAAGACUUUCUGUUGCAAGGGCAGUUCUUUCAAAUCCUUCUAUUCUUCUUCUUGAUGAAGUGACUGGUGGACUUGACUUUGAAGCUGAAAGAUCUGUUCAAGAGGCUCUUGAUCUUCUUAUGUUAGGCAGAUCAACUAUCAUCAUUGCUCGUAGACUUUGUCUAAUAAGAAACUCUGAUUUCAUAGCUGUAAUGGAAGAUGGUCAGUUAAUGGAGGUCGGGACCCACGAUGAACUAAUCGCCUCGGAUGGGUUAUAUGCAGAGCUUCUAAGAUGUGAAGAAGCAGCUAAACUCCCAAGAAGGAUGCCAGUGAGAACAUACAACGAGACUCAAGCAUUCCAAAUCGAGAAAGAUUCUACAGAUAACUAUCAAGAAUCAUCGUCUCCAAAAUUUGCAAAAUCACCAUCACUUCAACGAGCUUCGAACUUACAUGGAACAAGGACCGAUUCAGCUUACGGGUCACACGAAUCACCAAGAAACCCGAGCCCUGCAGAAAAAGAAAACGGAUUAUCCAUGGAUGGAACAAACAAAGAACCAUCAAUCAAAAGACAAGACAGUUUCGAAAAAAGAUUACCCGAAUUACCAAAAAUCGAUGUUCACGCUAUCCGUAGACAACCAUCAAACGGGUCAAACCCGGAAUCCCCCAUUUCACCAUUGUUGACCUCCGACCCGCAGAGCGAACGUUCACAUUCACAAACCUUCAGUCGACCUAAUAAUGCUCUUGAAAAGCCAAUCAGAGUACAACAAGCAGUAAAAGAAAAACAAAAAAAGAAAGAACCAUCAAUUUGGAGACUUGUGGAAUUAAGUUUGGCUGAAUGGCUUUAUGCUGUUUUAGGAAGCACGGGUGCUGCUAUAUUCGGUUCUUUCAACCCUCUUCUCGCUUAUGUCAUCGCACUAAUUGUCACAGCUUAUUAUCGAAACGAAAACGACAGAAGACACAAAAUACACGACGAAGUUGACAAGUGGUGCUUAAUCAUCGCCUGCAUGGGUGUUGUGACUGUAAUCGCAAACUUCUUACAACACUUUUACUUCGGUAUCAUGGGGGAGAAAAUGACUGAACGAGUUAGGAGAAUGAUGUUUUCUGCAAUGCUUCGAAAUGAAGUUGGAUGGUUUGAUGAAGAAGAGAACAGCGCAGACACGUUGUCCAUGCGAUUAGCAAACGAUGCAACAUUUGUGAGAGCAGCUUUUAGCAAUCGGCUUUCUAUACUCAUACAAGAUAGUGCAGCUGUUAUGGUUGCAAUAUUAAUCGGAAUGCUUCUCCAUUGGCGAUUAGCACUUGUAGCAUUAGCCACAUUGCCUGUUCUUACCCUAUCCGCCAUUGCUCAGAAACUAUGGUUAGCGGGAUUUUCAAAGGGGAUACAGGAGAUGCACAGGAAAGCGUCAUUGGUUCUUGAAGAUGCUGUUAGAAAUAUAUACACAGUGGUGGCAUUCUGUGCUGGCAACAAAGUUAUGGAGCUUUACAGGUUACAACUACGCAAGAUAUUCUAUCAGAGCUUCUUUCAUGGCAUGGCUAUCGGUUUUGCUUUUGGGUUUUCACAGUUUCUUCUUUUCGCAUGCAAUGCCCUUCUUCUCUGGUACACCGCAAUCUGUGUGAAGAACAAUUACAUGGAUCUCCCAACUGCUCUCAAAGAGUACAUGGUUUUCUCUUUUGCCACUUUUGCCCUCGUGGAGCCUUUCGGCUUGGCUCCUUACAUUCUCAAAAGAAGAAAGUCUUUGAUAUCCGUAUUUGAAAUCAUCGAUAGAGUACCCAAGAUUGAUCCCGAUGAUACCUCCGCUUUGAAACCACCAAAUGUAUACGGAUCCAUCGAGUUGAAAAGCGUUGACUUUUCCUACCCGACCCGCCCGGAGAUUCUCGUACUGAGUAACUUCAGUCUGAAGGUGACCGGCGGGCAGACGGUGGCGGUGGUUGGCGUUUCGGGAUCCGGAAAAAGCACGAUCAUUUCACUGAUCGAGAGAUUUUACGACCCGGUUGCCGGACAGAUUAUGCUGGAUGGACGUGAUUUGAAACAGUUUAAUGUAAGAUGGUUGAGAAACCACCUUGGUGUAGUCCAACAAGAACCCAUCAUUUUCUCAACAACAAUUCGUGAAAAUAUAAUAUACGCGAGACACAACGCGAGUGAAGCCGAAAUCAAAGAAGCUGCAAGAAUAGCAAACGCGCACCAUUUCAUCAGCAACCAGCCACACGGGUACGAUACGCAUGUUGGGAUGAGGGGCGUGGAUCUAACCCCGGGCCAGAAGCAGAGGAUCGCGAUCGCCCGGGUUAUUUUAAAGAACGCACCGAUUUUGUUACUGGACGAGGCGAGCUCAUCGAUUGAAUCGGAAUCGAGUCGUGUGGUUCAGGAGGCUCUUGAUACUUUAGUCAUGGGGAACAAAACCACUAUUUUGAUAGCUCAUAGAGCUAUUAUGAUGAAACAUGUGGACAACAUUGUCGUUCUUAAUGGUGGUAGGAUUGUUGAGGAAGGGUCCCACGAUUCUUUAAUGGGGAAAAACGGUUCUGAAAGACCUUACAGAUGGAACGUGAAGAGUGGUGGCAGGUGGCGGGAGUUGGCGGCGGCGGAUAUAGCAUUUACAUUUGGGGUAGUUUGUUAG